AUGGCCAAAGACUCUAAACCAGUCACAGAGGCUACCAACCCUGUCAGGCCUCUUAAGGACAUGUCUCUAAAGCCCCGGUUCCUUCAGAACUACGGGCCUGACGAGGAUUUCUUCCAGCAUGCCCUAGAGUACCUCCUGUUGUUUCAGAAUACGUUGUUUUACCUUCCCGAGAAACCGUUUCAAACCGCCGCCGAUUCUGGUAUAACACCGCCAUUCGAACCCACGCCGGUCUCAAGCUUCCCUAGUGCCACCGUACAGUCUAUAAAUGACUCUGUGCUGGCCCAAUGGCCCUUGAGGCGCCAAUUACUGUUAACCACCGAUGAAUAUACUCAGGUACCAUUAUUUGGACACACUGACCUCAAAUCACUUUCCCGAGCUGGCUCGGCCAUCAACGUGGGUGGCGCCGUGUCAUCGCUAGGAUGGGCCCCCGGGGCUGCCGACGGCUUGAAUUACUUGGCGGUGGCAGUGUUUGUGCAUCAUGAUGGGCUUCAUAGGGCCGUCACCAGCGAGGAAUUGAGUAUUUUUUACACAAAAGACCCCACCGCCCCCAGUAAGUUCUCGACGUAUAUACAGCUAUGGCAAGUCGACCCCGAUUCGCAAACCCCAAAACUUAUACGGGUGCUUGAUACCUCUGAAUUUGGCGUGUGUGUCAAUUUAUCAUGGGCCCCCAUAGCGGUACCUGACACCAUAGGGGUGCUAGCCGGCACUUUUGGUGAUGGGAAGCUUCACAUGAUAAGUGUGGGCCUUGAGGGUCCGUUGUUUGGCCAAUUGGUGCACCUGUCGGUAUCGUACAAGUUCACCAACCCUAGAAACUCACAAGAACCGGUGCCCAUCUCGUGUUACGACUUCGUGCUGCACGACCGUGUCAUUGUGGGGACUCUGGAUGGAUCUAUUGCUGAGUAUGUGCUUCCUCAUUACUCGCAGCCAGGUUUUGAUGGGAACUUCGAUGUUCCAUCUUUUGUUUACACUAUUUGCGAUAUCCCAGUAUCGAACGUAGUGGUGGGUUCACCAGCCCCAGACCAGUUUGUGGUACAUGUUGGGACUCCUGGGGUCAAGAACUAUGCGUUUGACUACCACAACUUCCGGACCAACCACGUCGACUCGUUUGUUUCUUGGGUUCUGCCUCGCUAUCACCCCGGUCUUAAGCUCUUCUUGUGUACCGAAUCCCUCGACACGUUGUCUUACCUGUUUGCACGUAACCCCAACGAAAGACCGAGCUUGGUGGUCAAAACUGACGGAGUUGUGCUGUCGAUAGCUAGUUCACGGCACUUGAACCAUCCAUUCGUGCUUGUGGGUAAUAGUUUUGGAGAGGUGUUCGUGGUAAACAUCGCCAGAAAGAUCUUAACCCCAGGAAAGAGUGGUAAUCGGCUCUCAGUGCCGUUGCGGUUGUGGAAACUACAUAUGAAAGAGCUGUGGGUUCUUGAUGGAUCUCUUGAGUCGGUGGCGGCUGAGCCUGCCACCAGGUUGGCGAUUUCCCCCGCCGAAGUCAACGUUUCGGCGGUGGCUUGGAACGAGACAAUGACGGCUAGCUCUAUGUAUGCAGCGGGCUUCCACCUGGGGUUGGUAGUGAUUGAACGGCUAGACCCUGCGUUUGUCUAG